GCGUUUUCCCGUCUGAGCAAGUUUGUCCUCUUGCGCUUCCCGUCGCUGCUCGCUGAUUGGUCGCAGAUCCAACAUGGCGCCGCCCGCGGAAUAGUAAAAAACAACAUGAAGAACACGUGAAUCAGGUGUUUCUCACGGUGUGUUUCACGUUUCCAGACACAAUAACAGUCCGCAGCGGCUCUGAAUGACCCCUCUGUGAUGUCCGCUCUGUGAAACUACACACAGGUUGUUUACUUUAGCUUUGUUAGCGUGCUAACGAGCCUGCUAGCAUCACAGCUAACGUUGGAACAGAGCCGACAUCAUGCCUGCCUUCCGGCAAGUGGGAGAGAAGCAGCUUCCCAACCCUGUGCUGUGUAUGGCCUGGUCCCCCAAAAGGGAUCUCAUUGCUCUGGCCAACACAACCGGAGAGUUGCUGCUCCAUCGUUUGGCUAGUUUCCAGCGUGUUUGGAGUUUACCACCCAGUGAGUAUACUGGGAAGGAGAUCACUGCACUGGCCUGGAGACCUGAUGGCAAAAUUUUGGCCUUCAGCCUCAGAGACACGAAGCAGGUGGUCCUGUGUGGUGUUGAGAAAGCUGAGAUCCUCCACGUGUUUCCAAUGCAGAACUCCGUGACCUGCAUGCACUGGAUGGAGGUGACGGAGGAGAGCAGUGCCCUCAACUCCUUCUACAACUCUGAGGAUGAAUCCAAACUUUUUCUUCCCAAAUUGCCAACACUCCCCAAAAGCUAUAGCACGACUUCAAAGAUCUUCAGUGAGGAAAAGUCUGAUGAGAUUAUGAAUCUCAUGGGAGAAGUCAGACUGAACGUACUUGUUCUUGGAGGAGACUCUGGCUUUGUGGAGCUUUAUGCCUACGGGAUGUACAAGAUAGCUACUCUAUCAGGGGUUUCGGGAACCUGUCGCAGCCUGAGUCUGUCCAGCGAUCUCAAGUCUUUGUCCGUCAUCACAGAAGUCCGGUCAGCUGACAACAACCCGGAGAUCUGCUACAUUCAGCUGGACACGGGGUUGUUGUCAGACUGUCUGCCUGAGGUGACCAGGAUGGCACGCAAGUUCACCCACAUCUCUACGCUUCUGCAGUACCUGCACCUCUCACUCACAUGCAUGUGUGAAGCCUGGGAGGACAUCCUCAUGCAGAUGGAUCUCCGACUCACUAAGUUUGUUCAGGAAAAGAACACAAGCACUCAAGUUCAAGAUGAGUUUCUAGAGCUUUUGCUGUGGGGACAAUCAAGCCCUGAACUACAGGCCCUUCUCAUGAACCAGCUGACCGUCAAGGGCUUGAAGAAGCUCGGCCAGUCCAUUGAGUCGUCUUACUCCAGCAUCCAGAAGCUGGUGAUCAGCCACCUGCAGAGCGGCUCUGAGGCUCUGCUGUACCACCUGAGUGAGGUGAAAGGCAUGUCUCUGUGGAAGCAGAAGUUCGAGCCUCUCGGUCUGGACUCAGCAGCUAUAGAAGGUGCGAUCACCGCUGUGGGCUCAUUUUCUCUGAAAGCCAACGAGCUCCUGCAGGUGAUCGACAAGAGCAUGAAAAACUUUAAAGCCUUUUUCCGCUGGUUGUAUGUAGCCAUGCUCAGAAUGUGUGAGGAGCAUGUACCACCUGAACUCAACAAGAUGACUCAGAAGGACAUUGCCUUUGUUGCUGACUUCCUGUCUGAACAUUUCAGCGAGAAUGAAGAACUCUUUGACCGUAAAGGGAAGUACUUCAACGUAGAACGAGUCGGUCAGUACCUGAAGGACGAGGACGAGGACCUGGUGUCUCCUCCCAACACGAAGGGAAACCAGUGGCUGAAGUUUUUACAGGAGUGCACGCACCUUAAGGAGAGCCCUUUGCUGUUCCCUUCAUUUCCCCAAAAGUCUUUGCACUUCGUCAAGAGGAUGAUGGAGAACGUGAUCGAGCAGUGUCUACAGAAACCUGCAGAAGUAAUUGGAAAAUCUGUAAAACAGGCCGUCUUUUUGCCUCUGUACACCGUACCAGAGAGCUCUGAAAACACUCCUAGACUUUUUGAACUCCCAUCUUUGUGGAACGACAAGAAAGCCAAAAUGCACAAUGUUGUGUUCUGCAUGCCAGAGAUUUCACCCUCCAAGCUCUUCCUGUUACGGAAAGGAACGGACCCAAACAGACAUAUCCCCAACAGCGUCAUGUCCAUUGACCUCAGCCACCAUCUGGACAAUGCAGAUGAAGAUAAUGCUGCCGCCCAGACUAAUUACGUUUACAGCUGCCUGGAUGCCCGUUUCUAUGACGAUGAAAUGCUAACUGUGGUCUUGCAAGGAUCAGAAGAGGAGAACAGAAGGUGUGUGCUGGCUCAGCUCCCUCUGGCUUCAGCGCUGAGCUGUGAGACCGAGUUCAACUGGGAGCCCAACCAGAGGUUGGACCAGCAGAGCAGCUCUAUCCCGUGUAAAGGCCUGGUUUUGGGGAAUCAGUGGCGUGAACUGGAAAACAUGAAGGCUCAGUUUGUAGCUGUCAACGGGAUCCGCAAAGUGGCCUGUGUGCUCAGUGCAAAUCUCAGGCACAUUCGUGUGUUCGAGAUGGAUGUAGAGGACGAGGAUGACGAGGGAGCCGAGUCACAGAACGCCAGCGCUGACCAGGACGGUCUGGACACGACGAUGGCCAGCGAGGGUCAGGGAGAGGAGAGCGUGGAGGUUAAAGAGGAAGAUGGAGAGAGAGGAGGAGAUGCGUUUAAGAAAACUGAGGAGCAACUGGAGUCAGAGGAAGCCCUCUAACUCUGUUAAGACUGACACACAGAAACAAGCUACAUAAACAUAAGACUUGUUGCAAAAUAUUCUUUUUUUACAACAUCCAGAAAUACAUGCAUUGUUUAUGAAAUAAACAGGUUUGUGUUCA